UGACUCCACCUGCAGCUGCACCUCCACCUACUCCACCUCCACCUCCACCUCCACCAUUCAAAUUCAAUCGGCUGAAAUAUAUUCCAGUGUAUUUACAUGGGGAAUUUCGGAAAAAUAUUGCUUCUCCACCGAAAUGAUUCAAUUUCUCCACCAAUAAUUUGAGUUCUCUAUAAACUUUGUGGUCUUAGGGUCCGAAAAUGGAGUAAGUCUGAGAAGCUGUUCAAAAGUUACGAUAAAAUUAUUUGAUAAUCUCAAUUCUAUUUGGAGUAGUUAUAUACCUUUUAAUUUAAAGGUCAAUUUUUUAAAACAAAAAUAUUCAGAAACACUGAUAAUCUUUUCAAAGCACGCUAACUAUGACACUUCCAGAUAGAAGAGAAGGAGACCUUCCGAUUGUUUCGUAUCUCUCAGACGAAUACACUGAUGAACUUCCAAGAGAAUCACCACCCAAGAGGCAUAUAAUGAAUUUGCUAUCAUUAACAGGUAAAGUGGCUGUCGUUACUGGUGCAGCAAGAGGUAUUGGCUUUGCUGUUUCUGAAACAUUCGCUGAAGCAGGAGCUACUGUCAUUCUUGUCGAUUGUGCUGAUUGCUCAAAGCAAGUUUUAAAGCUAGAAGCCAACCACAAUAUUACAGCCAAGUCAUUCCACUGUGAUGUAUCUGAUUUAAAAGAAGUCGAACAAACUGUCUCGGCCAUAGAAAAGGAAUUUGGUACUAUUGAUAUUUUUGUUGCUAAUGCUGGUAUCGUAUGGAAGACUGGAAAUAUUAUUAAUGAAGUCAACAGAGAUGGACAAACUUGGCAAACUCUUAUGGACGUGAAUUUGAAUGGUGUUUAUUAUUGUGCUCAAGCUGUUGGUAGAAUCUUCAAGAAGAAAGGUAAGGGGUCUUUCAUUGUAACUUCCUCUAUGUCUGCACAUAUUGCGAAUAUUCCAAUGAACUUGACUCCGUAUAACGUCAGUAAAGCAGCUGUCAAGCAUCUUGCCAAAUCUUUAGCUAUCGAAUGGGCGGGUUUUGCUAGAGCAAAUUCUGUUUCUCCAGGCUAUUGUGAUACUGGUCUUAACGAUCAUUUACCUAGGCAAUCUCGUGGAAAGAUGUGGUCUCUUAUUCCUGUGGGGAGAGAGGCUUUACCAUAUGAGAUUGCUAGUGCUUAUUUAUAUUUGGCUUCUGAUGCAGCUUCGUAUGUUACUGGUACCGAUAUAGUAGUAGACGGUGGUUAUACUUCUGUUUAGUUUAAUACUCUCAAUACUACCCUCUGUAAAUUAGAUGUUAAACUUUAUAUGGCAAAAGAACUAACUUGAUUUUCGCCCAGAUUAAAUUAAAAAUAUCUCCUUUAUUUAAUCAGUAAGUACUCCGCAAAUACCUGGCACAAAAUUAAACUUUUCCUCCACCAUAAAAAGAUCCUGGUGGAGGAAUCUGG